AUGCAUUGAAGUUAUGAAUGUUUUGUUUCACUACUGCAAGCCAGAAAGCGGUGACAAACGUGUGGAUUAUAUCCCUGGAAUUUCCCCAAUGCGCCUCGUCGGUUUUCCUCUGAACGAUGGAAGUUGCCACAGUACGCAAAUAUGCCUGAAAGGUUUCGCGUGGGUUUCAAAAGCACAGUAUCUUCUAUUCACUUCCAUUUAUGAGCUCGAACCUCAUGCCAUUGAUGUCCUAAAAGCAGAGUUGUCAUUGCCCAUAUACACUAUUGGCCCUGCCAUACCUUAUUUUAGCCUUCAAAACAAUCCCACUUUCAGCACCACAAAUGGGACUAGUCAUAGCUACAUGGAGUGGCUACAGGUUCUGUUCUUUACAUCUCACAAAGGAAGCCAUUUCUCGGUUUCAAGGGCUCAAAUGGAUGAGAUUGCAUUUGCUUUGAGGGAAAGUGGCAUUCGGUUCUUGUGGGUAGGCCGUAGUGAGGCUUCAAGGUUGAAAGGAAUUUGUGGGAACAAAGGGUUAGUUGUGACAUGGUGUGACCAACAAUUGAGAGUGUUGUCUCAUCCUUCUAUUGGAGGAUUUUGGUCUCAUUGUGGAUGGAAUUCAACCAAAGAAGGUAUGCUUGCUGGGGUUUCGUUUUUGACAUUUCCAAUAAUUAUGGACCAACCAAUUGAUAGUAAGAUGAUAGUAGAGGAUUGGAAGGUUGGGUGGAGGGUGAAGGAAGAUGUUAAAGUGAAUAAUACUACUUUGAUGAAGAAAGAUGAAAUUGUUAUGCUAGUGCAGAAAUUUAUGGAUUUGGAUUGUGAGCUUGCAAGGGAAAUCAGGGAAAGAUCCAAAACUCCUCGGCAGAUGUGUCGUCGUGCAAUUACAAAUGGUGGGUCAGCUGUUACUGAUUUGAAUGCCUUUGUUGGGGAUUUAAUGCAGGCAACAUUGAUACCAUGA